GAUUGUAUCUCAUUUUUCGAACAGAAUAUUUUACUUUUGAAAUCACAGUCAACUCUGUCCCAUCUGUCAACAAGAAACUGCUACAGCGAAAUAUCUAACAGAAAAUUGAGACACACAACCUCAACAAUGGCUGAAACAGAUCAGGAAACCAUUCCUGCUAAGCCAGACAGCGCUGAUGAAGAUACCGACGAAGAAAGUGAGGUGUUGGAAGAAAGCCCGUGCGGAAGAUGGCAAAAAAGAAGAGAGGAGGUAGAGCAAAGAGAUGUUCCAGGCAUUGACAGUGCAUUCCUUGCUAUGGAUACAGAGGAAGGGAUGGAAGUGGUGUGGAAUGAGGUGUAUUUCUCAGAAAACAGAAAUAGGAAGGCUCAACAGAUAGAAGGGGAGGAGAAAAUUCGUCAAGUGUUUGACAACCUGAUACAACUUGACCAUCCAAAUAUUGUGAAAUUCCACAAGUACUGGACAGAUACUAGUGGUGAUAAACCUAGGGUUAUAUUUAUAACAGAGUAUAUGUCCUCUGGAUCUCUCAAACAAUUUCUGAAGAAAACAAAGAAAAACAACAAAACAUUCCAGUUAAAGGCUUGGAAAAGAUGGAGCACCCAAAUUCUUUCUGCUCUAAGUUACCUACAUUCGUGUAAGCCGCCUGUGAUACACGGCAAUCUGACCUGUGAUACAAUAUUUAUACAGCAUAAUGGUCUCAUAAAGAUUGGAUCAGAGAGCAAUUUGGAAAGACUUUUUGGUGUUGCUCCAGAUGCAAUGCACCAUGUGAAGACAUACCGGGAUGACCUGAAGAAUAUGCAUUGUGUCGCACCUGAAUACGGAUCUGGAAACGUGACAACUGCUGUAGAUAUUUACUCAUUUGGAAUGUGUGCUCUAGAGAUGGCUGCCCUUGGUAUCCAAGGAAACGGGGAGAGUGGAAAUGUGAUCACGAUGGAAGCUAUAGAUAAAACACUUCAGUCCAUAGAAAAUCCACUUCAAAGAGAUUUUCUAGAGAAAUGUUUAGAGAAAGAUCCAGAGAAACGACCUACUGCCAGAGAUUUGUUAUUCCAUUCAGUUUUAUUUGAAGUCCAUUCAUUAACAUUACUUGCCGCCCACGCCAUUGUAAAUAAUGCCCAACUUGUAGAAAAUAUAGCUGAAGAUACACAUAUAUUAAAAUCAGAACCAAAGAAAGUGAUAGCUGAAGUAAAAUACAAGGAUGACCAGGAGCCAACUUUAAUGAAAUUUUCACAAGUGCAGGGAUUAGAGCUGGAAAAAUUCUUAGAAGAUGUAAAGAACGGAAUUUAUCCACUGACUGCGUUUGACUUACCACAGCCACCAAAUUCACGUCAAAGGCCAAUAACUCCAGAAACUACGGAACAGGAGAAAACCGAGACUCCGGAGCCAAUGGACGUCGAGGCAAGACGUGUGACUAA